GGCAGGCCGCGCGCGGGCCGCGCAUGCACAGCGGCGACCGGCGUUUGAGUGGCAAGUUGUUUGUUACAGCGAACACCAGCUGCUCCCCGCGCCGGGCGCCGCGCGCCGCUGCUCCGCCGCUCGGCCGCUCGGCUGCUGCUCCCCGGCGCUGCCUCCCUCGCCCCGCGGCUCCCCCUCGCAACUUGGCGGGCCUCCUCGCCUUUGUCCGGCCCGGCCCGGCCGCCGCCGCCCCCCGCGCCCGGCGCCGAGCUCCCGGGUCCCCGGGCCGGCUGUCGGUGCCGGCUGGGCGCGGAGGGGGCGGGGGCCGCGGCUCGUCCCCCCGCGGAUGAGCCGCCGCGGACGGGGCGCGGGCGGACGAUGGAACUCCACAUCCUGGAGCACCGGCUGCAAGUUGCCAGCGUCGCCAAGGAGAGUAUCCCGCUGUUCACCUACGGCCUCAUCAAACUUGCCUUCCUGUCCUCCAAGACCAGGUGUAAGUUCUUCAGUCUGACCGAGACGCCAGAGGAUUACACUAUCAUUGUCGAUGAGGAGGGAUUCCUAGAGCUGCCCUCCUCAGAGCACCUGAGUGUGGCGGAUGCCACCUGGCUGGCCCUGAACGUGGUGUCCGGCGGUGGCAGCUUCUCCAGCUCCCAGCCCAUCGGUGUGACCAAGAUCGCAAAGUCGGUCAUCGCCCCACUGGCCGACCAGAACAUCUCCGUGUUCAUGCUGUCCACGUAUCAGACAGACUUCAUCCUGGUACGCGAGCGGGACCUGCCGUUUGUCACCCACACGUUGUCAUCAGAGUUCACCAUCCUGCGGGUCGUCAAUGGCGAGACCGUGGCAGCCGAGAACCUCGGCAUCACCAAUGGCUUCGUGAAGCCCAAGAUGGUCCAGAGGCCGGUCAUCCACCCGCUGUCCAGUCCGAGCAACAGGUUCUGCGUCACCAGCCUGGACCCCGACACGCUGCCUGCUGUCACCACACUCCUCAUGGACGUGAUGUUCUACUCCAGUGGAGUGAAGGACCCCAUGGCUGCCGGGGAUGACUGCGGCCACAUCCGCUUCUUCUCCUUCUCCCUCAUUGAGGGCUACAUCUCCCUGGUGAUGGACGUGCAGACGCAGCAGAGGUUUCCUAGUAACUUGCUGUUCACAAGCGCAUCCGGAGAGCUCUGGAAGAUGGUGCGGAUUGGAGGACAGCCCCUGGGAUUUGAUGAGUGUGGCAUCGUGGCCCAGAUCUCAGAGCCCUUGGCUGCUGCAGACAUCCCAGCCUACUACAUCAGUACUUUCAAGUUUGACCAUGCACUGGUCCCAGAAGAGAACAUCAACGGUGUCAUCAGUGCCCUGAAGGUCAGCCAAGCAGAGAAGCACUAGGAGGGUCUCUUCUGCCCCUCCCCGCUGCUGCCUGGCCCAGCCCCAACCCCGAAGAUUGAUCUUGCAGUAUUUCUCUACAGACUGGAAAAUCGGCCCUGGGGACCCCGAGGAAGGGGCCUCUCCGGGAGACUCCCUCGAUUGCCAAUCCCUCCAGGCCAGGGGCCCACACCAAGGCCUCCUCAUGCCCUCCUGCCUUCCCAGAGCCCCCCAGCCCUCCAGAGAACACCCUGCCUCUUCCCCACUUCCCCACCCCAGAAAAUGCUUUCGGAGGCCCAGGGGGCUGUGAGCUGAUCCGCCUUCUCAUCCAGCCUCGCCCACGGCCAGGGGCAGAUGCGGAGGGAAGCUGGUCCCUCCUACGAGACAGCCGUUUACCAACUGUCAUGUCACCUUGUAGGGCUGGGGCUGGCGGGGUGGGGUGGAGUCUGGCACGCCCGGGAGAGUUUUGGGGGCGAGUACUGUGGUCGCUGGUCUCUGGUCCGUCAGCUCAGGGCUGGUCCCCUCCAAGUGGAGGCCAGCACUACCCCCUCAGGUCAUCGGGGCUGGUGAGGCUCAGACGGGAACCCAGGUGGCAUCCCCAAGCUGGGAAGGACCCAAACUCCCCCUGUACCUCGCCUGCCAUUCACAGGGCCUGGGCCCAACUCCCAGCAAGACUGCCAAGAGGGCCCUGUCCAGACCCUCCCCCACAAACACCCAGUCCUUGGGGGAGGAGGGAGGGUCCCAGGAGACCCACCAGCCUGGAGCAGUAGCUCCUGUUCCCUCAGCUCUCCCUGGACCCGCCUUGGGCAGGCAGAGCCUCAGUUUCCCCCAGCAGGGAUAUCCCUGGCUUUUUGGGCCUGGGGUUUCUUAGGUGGUGUCCCACCUCCCCAACAGAUGACUAGACCAGCAUAGGACUCCCCGCCUCCCUCUCCUGCCCCCAACUCGCCUGCCCACCCCUUGGUCGGGGGCUGUGGCAUUCCUAAGUACUUGACCCAGGAGGCAGCUUAACUGAGCCUUAACAGAGAAAACCAUACCUUGUUUUAGUUUUUUAUUUAAUGUGUUUGCACCCAGGCUGCUGUUGGCGGUAGUUUCUGUUUGAGGGGGUAGGUAAGACCGAUCUGAGUUGUGUCGAGGGGGCCUGGAGGCUCUGUGUCACUAGGCUGGUCCUCUGGGGCUCCAGGGAUAGGCAUGAGAGUCGGGAGAUGUCACCCAAGCCUUGGCCCUCUCUUCUGAAGGGAAGCUGAGAGCAGACAUCUACAAGAGGCUGGAGCUGCUGUCACCCCACAUGGGACCUCCCAACCAGCUGUGGCUCUUGCCGAGCACCAGAGGCGGUGAGGGGACCCUAGGGCCAUGGGGAAGAGACAGCAGGGUGACGGGCCAGCUGGGUGGUCACGACCAGGAGGCACGGGGUUAGCUGUGGCGUCCCUUCCAUUGAUUGGGGUGACUUUCUGAGUGAGCAAGGUCCAAGGGCCUCUGUGGCUUUGGCUCUGACAGUCAAGUUGUGAUGUUUCUUUUUUCUGAGAUGGUGCCUCUGUCACCAAGGCUGGAGUGCAGUGACACGAUCUUGGCUCUCUGCAACCUCCACCU